GGGAGGGGCGCGAGCGCGGGGGGCGGCGGUUCUCUCAGCGCGGGGCGGGAACGGCGGCUCCCUCAGCGCAGGCGCGGGGCCGGGGCGGCGGAAUGUCGGUGGUGUUCGUGCCCGAGCGGCUGCGCGGCAAGGCGGAGGUGAACCAGGAGACGCUGCAGCGGCUGCUGGAGGAGAACGACCAGCUGAUCCGCUGCAUCGUGGAGUACCAGAGCAAGGGCCGCGCCACCGACUGCGUGCAGUACCAGCAUAUCUUGCACAGAAACCUCAUUUAUUUAGCCACAAUUGCAGAUGCAACGCCCCCCAGCGCGCAGAAGACCGCAGAGUGACUGCACAGACCCGGCCACAGGCUGCGAUGCUUUAAAGAGUUGUAGAAAGGCUUUAGUUUAGAUUGCCACUGUGGGAGCGAGGUGUAGUCGCACAAGGCAGGUAAAGAGCCACACCUCUAUGUUACAACGUGAAUUCUAAUAUUAGAAUAGCUUCUUUCUUCCUAUUAAGUAGAACUUAAGGGAGAGAAUUACCAACCUUUAUCUCUGGAAAACCUCAGCGUAGUAUAUUUCUGAAAAUACUUCAGUUGUCAGGACACCACCACUGAUGCCUUUGGAAAAUUUUGGCAGUCUUAGAGAAGCAGCCACUGUUUCAUGACUGAGACUGUAUAACAGGAGGACACACAGGGAGCAAGUGGUAUACAGAAGGUAGAAAUCAUAAGAGGCACACAUUGCCCUGUAUGUUAACAAGAGACUGCUGUGUAUUGUGUCAUAAAAAUUGUGCUUAAUAAAUUGAAGAUGUGCUUUGUAAAGCAGUAUUUUCUGGAUUGAUGUAACACGUUAACAAAGGAACACUUUGAGGUUUAUUGCAAUAGGAGCUUGAACUUUAGAAUUCUAGGGAAGAGGUAAUUGCUUUUACAUUAUGCAACAGUCAAGUUAAAGGGAGAGCUGUAACUUUCAGUUGAGUAAGAGAAGGCUGUUGUUAGCUCCACUGGCAUCAUGACUUUUUUGUUUUUGCUUGGAAUGUUCUGCCUCACAGAUUCUGCAAACAAAUAACUUCUUGUAUAAUUGGUAUGGCCUCAUGCACCCUGGGUAUUUGUCAGCAUUUAUGUUCAGCUGUCUGUCUCUGUACUCUUACCUAUUGAGAGCAUAGCUUAUUUUAUAUAUAUAUAUACAUGUAUAUUUUACACCUGAUUGUGCAUUUCAGUGAUAAAAUUAGCAUAAGCUAAACAUGCCUUGGUAAUUAGUUCUGCCCUCCUCAUGACUUCCCCCCCCC